AACAAAAAAAAGAGGGAAAAGGGUAGGGGAGGAAAGAGAAGAAAGAGUUGAGAAGAGUGAAAGAGAGAGAGAGAGAGAGAGAAGAAGUGACAAGAGUGGAGUGUGCGUGAGAGAGUGACUGCAAAACGCUCCACCCUUGUUUCUUCGCAGAUCUUCCAUGGAACAGUACGAGAAGGUGGAGAAGAUAGGGGAGGGAACAUACGGCGUCGUUUACAAGGCUCGCGACCGCGUCACCAAUGAGACCAUCGCUCUUAAGAAGAUUCGCCUCGAGCAGGAAGACGAGGGGGUUCCCAGCACCGCCAUUCGUGAGAUUUCGCUCCUCAAAGAGAUGCAGCAUAGGAACAUUGUUAGGUUGCAGGAUGUAGUGCACAGUGAGAAGCGUUUGUAUCUGGUUUUCGAGUAUCUGGACUUGGAUCUAAAGAAACACAUGGAUUCAUCUCCAGAGUUUGUGAAAGAUCCACGGCAAGUAAAAAUGUUCCUCUAUCAAAUUCUCUGUGGCAUUGCUUACUGCCAUUCACACAGAGUUCUUCAUCGAGACUUGAAACCACAGAAUUUGUUGAUAGAUCGUCGUACAAAUUCCUUAAAACUUGCAGAUUUUGGAUUGGCUAGGGCAUUUGGCAUUCCUGUCAGGACAUUUACUCAUGAGGUGGUGACAUUAUGGUACAGAGCUCCAGAAAUAUUGCUUGGGUCUCGUCAUUAUUCUACCCCAGUUGAUGUUUGGUCAGUGGGAUGUAUAUUUGCAGAGAUGGUAAACCGACGACCUCUAUUCCCUGGGGACUCUGAGAUUGAUGAAUUAUUUAAAAUAUUCAGAAUAUUGGGCACGCCAAAUGAAGAAACAUGGCCUGGAGUUACUGCAUUACCGGAUUUUAAAUCAACAUUUCCCAAAUGGCCACCUAAGGAUUUAGCAACUGUGGUUCCAAAUCUUGAUGCAGCGGGUCUUAAUCUUCUUUCUAGUAUGCUAUGCUUGGAUCCCAGCAAAAGAAUUACUGCCAGGAUCGCUGUGGAGCACGAAUACUUCAAAGACAUUAAAUUUGUACCCUAAUUCCAUAUCUUCAUGGAAACCGUGUUUAUAGUAAUAUUUUGUGCAGAAUUUAUGGGUUUUGACUCUACGAGAAAUGCGUGCUGUCUUUUGCUAUUUCUUCAGGACUUGGGAGUUGGGAGUGGGUCAUAUUUCCAUUUUUUAUCCUACAGAAUAUUUGAGAAUCAACUUGAGUGUGAUCAUACUGCAUUUUACAUUUCCCUUUGUCCAGUCAAUGCAAUGCACCAGUUAAGUUUUCAGUUUGCC